UUAAUGUUUUUCCUUCAUUCUUGUGUCUUGUCAGAGAUGUAUAGAAAUUCCGUUCAUGUCAUCUUAUGAGGUAUCCUAUUAACUUGUGAAAUUUCACAGGGGGCCAUACAAGUAUGUCUGGUAAGUCUGGAGCGUCUGAAAUAAGCCUCAAACAAAGUCUUAGAAAGAUCGAAUAUCCAAGCAGUGCAAAGGAUGCUCUCAACAAAAUAGUUGAUCUAAUAUGUGGCCGUAUAACAAGCAUAAAGAACAUGGAUUUAGCCCUUGAUCUUAUGGCAGAGUUUGUAUUUCUUGAGAUUGACAGGAGAGGCCACAAAAGGGGAUUCCCUUUAACACCAUUAAUAGAAUUACAGCUUAUAGAAUUACUCUAUGAAUAUUUCAAUAAUAUGUCCAAUGAAUCUGCAAGAAAUACAGUGUUUCUUUCCAUCUUUAGUGGUACAACUGCUAUAAUGAGAUUAGGAGUACUAACAAAAUUGGUGUCUGUGGCAAUAGCAAUACCUUCUGCAACUAUUUUAUCAUCAGCUAGUGCAUGGAUGCAACAACUAGGAAAUACUUCACAAAACAGCUGCAAAUUGGCAGAAGGUCUCAUUCAAGAUUAUUUUUACUUUUAUAAUCCCAAUACCAGUAGUAUCAAUCUUGUUCCCAGUAUAUCUCCACAGUUCACAGCAAACUUUUUGACUGCUGUCACUGAGAAUUAUUUCAAUUUUACCAAGAGAGAAUGCAUAUUUCCCCCAAAGGUAUUAAUGGAAUCAGUCACAACAUGGGUAUCAGAGAACCCUGGUUUGUGUAUAGCAGCACAACAAAAACAGGCAGUUCUACCACCAGGUGCUAUAGCCAUGGAAGCCACAACCCCCAUUGCAGGCCUCCUCAGAUGGACUGUUCUAGCACCCAUCAACAAACAAGACAGCCAGGUCUAUGGGGACCUACACCUAGCUUUGCUGAACAGCAUAAUAGAAAUUCCAAAAGUCACACCUCCUAAAGCUAUUUAUGCCCAACACCUGACUGGACCUAUCAACCCUAUUCUGAGCUAUGUCAAUGACCUGAGGAAUAAGCAAGAGCUGAAGCUAGAUCAGAUCUUGAAUGAGGACAACCUGCAGUUGGCCCUAGACAGAUAUGCACAGGCCAUACAGGUUAUUUACUCUGUUAAUGCUGUGUAUGGACAUGUUGAUGAUUUGUUUCAUCAGCUGAAGUUGUUGCCUUUCAAUAAGUUGAUGAGCAUUGUGAUUAGUACCUAUAAGAAAAAUAAAGUUAUUAUUUUGUAAUGAA